UUUUGUUAUGUUUUCGUCUGCGACCAAAAAGAAAAAAAAUAAAAGUUUAUCAUUGAAAACUUUCUAAUUCCCAGCGGCAAAAAGUCAGUCAGUUGCCCCCAAAAGUUCCAAUUUCCAUGUGAAAAAAACGGAUAACAAAUUUUUUCUAGCCAAUGAGAGGAGGACACGUGGGAUUCGUCGUCAUUUUCAUUCUCCUAGCUACCGCCGGCAACCUUAGCGGUGAGUUCGCCGGCGAUUACUCGAAGCUGUCCGGAAUUAUUAUCCCGGGAUUCGCGUCUACACAACUGAGAGCAUGGUCAAUAUUAGACUGCCCUUAUUCUCCUCUCGAUUUCAAUCCUCUCGAUUUAGUCUGGCUCGACACUACUAAACUUCUUUCUGCUGUAAAUUGCUGGUUGAAGUGUAUGAUGUUGGAUCCUUACAAUCAAACAGAUCACAACGAGUGCAAGUCUCGACCUGAUAGUGGCCUUUCUGCAAUAACGGAGCUUGAUCCUGGUUAUAUAACAGGUCCUUUGUCAUCAGUGUGGAAAGAAUGGAUUAAAUGGUGCAUAGAAUUUGGUAUUGAGGCUAAUGCAAUCAUCGCAGUUCCAUAUGACUGGAGAUUGUCUCCAUCAAAGCUUGAAGAGAGAGACCUUUACUUUCACAAACUAAAGCUAACUUUUGAAACUGCUCUUAAACUUCGUGGUGGACCUUCAAUAGUUUUCGCUCAUUCAUUAGGUAACAAUGUCUUUAGAUACUUCUUGGAGUGGUUGAAAUUAGAGAUUGCUCCAAAAGAGUAUGGUCGAUGGUUAGACGAUCACAUUCAUGCCUAUUUUGCUGUUGGAGCUCCUCUUCUUGGUGCUAUCGAGACAGUCAAAGCAACAUUAUCGGGGUCUACAUUUGGUCUUCCUGUUUCAGAGGGGACAGCUCGCCUGAUGUUCAAUACAUUUGGAUCUUCUAUAUGGAUGUUACCAUUUUCAAAAUAUUGUACAACUGAUAAUGUUUAUCGGAGAUAUUUCUCUGGUGGAAACAGAAAAUACCAUCAUGCCUACCAUUGCGAUGAGCAUGAACUUAAAUCAAAGUACUCUGGCUGGCCAACAAACAUAAUCAAUAUAGAAGUUCCUUCGAAUCGAGGGAAUGAGGUUUAUCCAUCAGUAGUAGAAACUCCCCAAACCAACUUGUCUGGGAAGGAAUGUGGAUUCCCGACACAAUUGUCCUUUUCUGCUCGUGAAGUCUCUGACGGAACUUUUUUUAAAGCCAUAAAGAAUUAUGAUCCUGACAGUGAAAGACUCUUUCACCUUUUAAAAAACUAUACCAUGUUCUGCCAUCUAAAAUUCAGGUCUUACCAUGAUGAUCCGAUUUUAAAUCCUCUAACACCUUGGGAAAGACCACCUCUCAAGAACAUAUUCUGCAUUUAUGGCGUAGAUUCGAAGACUGAGGUUGGUUACUAUUUUGCACCAAGUGGGAAGCCUUAUCCUGAUAAUUGGAUUAUAACAGAUGUGAUAUAUGAAAUUGAAGGAUCUCUGUAUUCCCGGUCAGGAAAUCUGGUUGAAGGAAACCCGGGUGCAACAAGUGGGGAUGAGACGGUGCCAUACCAUUCCCUCUCCUGGUGCAAGAAUUGGCUGGGGCCAAAAGUGAACAUAACAAGGACACCACAGUCAGAGCAUGAUGGUUCAGAUGUACAAGUGCAUCUAAAUAUAGAGCAUCAACAUGGUGAAGAUAUCAUUCCCAAUAUGACAAAGUUACCUACAAUGAAGUACAUAACCUAUUAUGAGGAUUCUGAAAGUUUUCCAGGGACGAGAACAGCAGUUUGGGAGCUUGAUAAAGCAAAUCACAGGAACAUUGUCAGAUCUCCAGCUUUGAUGCGGGAGCUGUGGCUUGAGAUGUGGCAUGACAUUCAUCCUGAUAAAAAGUCCAACUUUGUUACAAAAGCAAAGCGUGGGCCUCUGAGGGAUGAGGACUGCUAUUGGGAUUACGGGAAAGCUCGAUGUGCAUGGGCUGAACAUUGUGAAUACAGAUAUGUAUUCGGGGAUGUUCACCUGGGACAGAGUUGCAGAUUGAAGAGUUCUACAUCUCACAUCCUGUCACACUAUGUGUGAUUUUUAAGUUUGCACAAACAUUUGAAGAAGAAGGCGAAAUGAUUCAGAGAGCAAAGACGGGGAUGUUCAUCUUGACAGCAUUACAUCCAACUUCGUUUGUGUAUCAUAAACUUGGAGAGCACCUGGAGCCCUCUGUAUAUCGAAGAAAUUUUGUAGAGUGUUAAAAUUUAGCACCAGAAUAUGUUCCACUUUAGAAUGUAAUUUCAGGUACCUCUGAUAAUCAUUUAUAUGCAUUGGUGUUUUAAUGCCAAUAAUUCUGAAAAUUUAGUCCAUAUUUUCAGAUUAUACCAAGAGUUAUAGAAUAUUUCUAGUAUUUUAACAUUCCCUUCAAAUUCAAGUUGAGUUUGAAUACUUUAA